UAAGAAUCAAGAUCAUAAGCGAACCUUUUCGUGAUUGGUGCCGUCGUGUUUCAGUUUGUUAAUGAAUGUAAGGUGUAAGGUGUAUAAAUAGGAUAACUUCUUCGAAGCAAUUACUAUCGGAUCAAUACUGAAGAGCAAUUAUUAAAGAAAAGUAAAAACAUGGAAAUGACAGAUGAUCACAUUGGGUGGACACAAACGGAAAUUAUAAAUGAUGACAAGUCAGAUCGCAAAACAUAUGAUAAUAUUCAAAAUAUCGUGAAAGAAAGCGUAUCAAGUACAAAAAAUCAAUGUAAUGAUGGCAUAGAUGAAUUUGCAAAAAAUGCAAUCAAAAAUGAAUAUUAUGAAUUUGUAGAGGCAAAGCACGCCGUUAAAUACAUUGAAUAUUGUGCAAAGCAUCUAAAGCAUAUUGUCGAUCAAAAUUCUGCGAAACCGAAAGAUUAUGACAAAUGGACGGAUAAAGAACAAUGUGAACAUAUGUUAAAUAACAUAAAAACAUAUGUCCCAAAUGUACCAGACUCUUUAUUAUUUUUUAUACCUGCUGUAUUUCGUCGGGGAGAUUGUGGAAAUUCAACGGACAAGCCACUCUGGUUAGAUAUGGAAAAGUUCCAGAGAGGUCAAAAAUUCGCACGAGACCAUAUUUUUUCGCUUUUUAUUGCUAACGCAUUAUCACUUUUCAUGUUAUUCACUUCUAUAGAUGGUCUUAAAACGUUAAUCUUCACCCAAAAAUCUCAUACGCCAUAUUUAGCGUUCAAAAGAUAUUUGUCCUCGAGUUGUCGUGAAAGAAUUUGGAUGACGGGAAAUCCGUGGAUUAAGGGCACGCGAGCUUAUAACGAUAUACAAAUUGUGCGUAGAAUGCACCGUGCGGUGCGAUUGAAACUCUGCGAACAAAACCCUGAGAAAUUCGACAGAGCGACUAAAAUUCGAAAUCCAUGGUGUCCGAGCAAAAAAACAAUUUUAAAAGAUCUUUCUUCAUUGAUAGUAGAAAACGAUUUUCUUCAUUUGGCGCCCAAAUUCACAGGAUUAAAUCAAGCUGAUAUGGCAAGUACGCAAUUUGCUUUCAUGGGGAUAAUUCUGUUGUAUCCUCACCAAUUUGGCAUUUAUGCUAGUGAUGAAGAUAUGGAAGCCUUUUGUCAUACAUGGAAAGGUAUAGGAUAUCUUCUUGGUAUAGAAGAUCAAUACAAUUUCUGUAACGGCAGUUUGAAAGAAAUUAAGCAAAGAUCGCACGAUUUUGUUGAAUUUUGGCUAAAAUUCUAUUUGCGAGAAGUAACACCCGAAUGGGAACAUAUGUUGAGAUGCAUUACGGAAAGUAUGAAUUAUUUGUAUGGUAAUAAUUUCACAUUUGAAAUGUUACUAUUGUUCGUCACCGACUUAUUGAACAUCGAUAUGCCACGUUUACGAAGUAUGCUCACUUAUUUUCAACGAUUUAAUCUUAUGGUUUUACGCUUUAUACUUCGCUAUGCCAUGAAGUUACGAUUUGUAAAAGAGUUUUUAAAUAAAAUAGUUCAUGAGACACUCGAUGAAGCAGUUAAAUAUGGACCUGAAAAGCAUGAGACAUUCAAGAAAAGAUCAGAGAAGGUUUUAAAUGAAAACCGAUAAUAUUUGUAUAUAGACUUGAAGUUUUACAUUACUUGGGCAUUAAUUCAUACUAAACAUAAAAUGAGCAUUAAUACGUAGGUCGUUUGAUAAGUUUGGUAAAUUUCUAUGAAAUGGCGCUACAAUUCAUUUGAUGACGCGACAUCUCGAAAGAUCCACUCUUCGAACCCCUUCAGACCAAAUUUCAGUCAGAAAGGACGCAUAGUUCGCGUUUGGUAGUCAUUUGAAGUAGACUGUCUCAAAGUCUGCAAAAUA